AUGGAAGUUGAGAUCACGCUGAGAGAAACUAUUAAGCCAUCUUCUUCUACACCCCCUAGCAAAAGAAUUCUCAAGCUUUCUCUCUUGGACCAGUUCACUCCUGUGUGUUACACGUCUCUCAUCCUUUUUUAUCCUGCAAGUGUAAACCAAGAUCACUCCGUAACACUGACAGAAAGAUGCCAGCAACUGAAAAUUUCUCUGUCAGAAACAUUAACUCACUUUUACCCUCUAGCAGGCAGACUCAAAGACAAUGCCUCCAUAGAAUGUGACGACCAAGGAGGUGAGUACAUUGAAGCUCGGAUCAAAUGUCUUCUCUCAAAGUUUCUUGUAACGCCCGAGGCAGAGUUGCUGAAACAGCUCCUGCCUGCAGCUAUAGAAUCAGGCGAAGCGGCCACCGGAAGCAUGUUGCUUGUCCAAGCCAAUAUCUUUGAUUGUGGUGGCAUGGCGAUUGGUGUUUGUGUUUCACAUAAGAUCGCUGAUGCGGCAACGUUAACUACAUUCGUCAAAUGCUGGAGCGGAUCGGCUCAUAAAUCCACAGAAGUAAUCAGCCCUCUAUUCAUGGGUGCUUCCAUUUUUCCGGACAUGGAUUUGACAUUCACCAGACCCUCCUCAGUUGAGUUGAUGCAAGGAGAAUGUGCUACGAAAAGGUUUGUUUUCGAUUCCGCAAAGAUACGCAUGCUCAAAGCGAAAGCAGCAGGCGAAAGUGUGGCAGCGCCAACCCGGGUGGAAGCCGUGUCCGCUCUCAUCUGGAAAUGUGCAAUGGCGGCAUCAAGAUCUAACCUGGGAGCGCAUAGAAAGUCCGUAUGGUCUCUUAGCGUCAAUUUGCGCAAAAGGCUCGCGCCGCCAUUGCCAGAGAAUUAUGCUGGCAAUUGUGUUGGCUCCAUCCUAGCACAUAUGGAGGAUGCCGAGGUAGAAUUGCGAGACUUAGUGGGUCUGAUAAGAAGAGGGAACCAGGAAUUUGAUGAAAAUUACGCGAAGAAACUUCAACGAGACGGGUCUUCGAAAGCAAUUUGUGGGUUUGCCAAACAAUUUGAAGAGUUGGCUAUGAGUACUGACAUUGAUUUUUACAACUGCAGCAGCUGGUGUAAAUUUCAACUAUACGAGGCUGAUUUUGGAUGGGGGAAGCCAGCAUGGUUGAGCAUAGCGAGUACAUCAAUAAAGAAUGUGCUCUUGCUGAUAGAUACAAGGGAUGCUGCCGGAAUAGAAGCAUGGUUGACGUUGAGUGAAGAGGAUAUGGCCUUGUUUGAAUGUAAUAAAGAGCUGCUAGAAUUUGCAACGCUAAACCCUAGUGUAUCUCUGAGCGAACUCCAUCUUUGA